AUGCAAGCCUUGAAGACCGAUUCACUGCCGUUGCUGACACGUGAACUGGGGAUUCGUGUCGUGGUUCACGAUCCCCGGUCAAUUCCGAUAGCAGCCGAGGACGGAGUAGAUGUUCGACCUGGAGAUAUGACUUCCAUUAAGCUCGAUUACGUGGAAAUCCAUCGCUUGGGGAAGCCCUGGGGUGUCUGCGCGAAGGACGGAGAAGUUCUCAGUUACAACUAUUCCAGAGAUCCUUACAGCCAGAACGACUGUGAACGUGCCUGUGUGAACAACGAAAUAUUCCGAAGAUGCCACUGUUACCAUCCUCGUUUCAUCCGGUCUACCAUCAUACCACGACGAGGAUUCAUCUGCCCUACUAACGGCACAGCUGGAGCAGAGAUUGACGAUUGUUUCGUGGAAGUAAUGACGGACAAUGACGCUGGUAAAAUUGAUUGCAGUUGUCCUCCGGCAUGCAGGGAGAAAGACUAUGACAUUGUCCUCUCCAGCAGUAAGCUUAACUCCGAUUUCUUCCAGUUGGUCAAAAAAUCUCGAUCUCUAACCAUGAAGAAUGGAACGCCAUCUGUGAUCAGUACUGAUUCCGAGCAUAAAGUCAAUAUAUCGAGCAAGCACCCUGACAAGUGA